CUUACUCCUGCACUGCCCGGGGCGCGCUGCCCUGCUCUUGCACCGCCCGGGGGGGGCUGCCCUGCACAGCACCGUGGGCGGCCCUGCCCUUAUCCCCGGAGAGGGCUGAUUUGAGCCGAGCCCCGCUGCUCCUAUCCCGGGGAUCCUGGCCCGAGGGUGGCUCGGCACCAUCCCGAGGGGCUGCGCUGCUCGGGGAGUGAGCACCCAUUCCCGAGGGGGACUGCCUUGCGCCUAAGCCCGCUGCGCCCAUCCCGGAGAGCUGUCCUGCGCCGGGUGGGUGGCUAGCACCUAUCCCAGAGGGAGCAGGCUGCCGUGCGCCCAUCCCCGGGGUCAGCACCUACCACGGGAGUGCGGGGACUGCAGCGCGCCCAGCCCCGCUAUCCCCGCCGCGGGGCGGCCCCGGGCUGCCGCUUCUCCCGUCGCCGGUGACCGGCUCCUGGCUCCCACCUCGUUUCAUGUUUGUGGAUAGGGAGGAAAAAUCCCAAACCAGAGGUGAGCUAUGAGAGGACAGUGAUUUCUGUAGCCUGGAGUUGGGAUCUGGCAAGGCAGCUGAAGUUCCUGAAGCAAGAGGUGGAUGGCUGAAGGUGGCUCUUCGGCGAGGAACUGAACAGUCCCAAACAGGCAUGGGGAGGGAAGGACAGGAUCAGCAGUUUGAGUGCAAGCCUUGUUCUUGCUGCGUAAAUGAGUAUGGAAGAUUAUGAUUUCCUCUUCAAAAUUGUUUUAAUUGGCAACGCUGGUGUGGGGAAGACCUGCCUAGUCCGUCGCUUCACUCAGGGGCUUUUCCCACCAGGGCAAGGAGCCACGAUUGGGGUUGACUUUAUGAUUAAAACUGUGGAGAUAAACGGUGAAAAAGUAAAGCUGCAGAUCUGGGACACAGCAGGACAGGAGCGAUUCCGAUCCAUCACGCAGAGUUACUAUCGCAGUGCUAACGCGUUGAUCUUGACCUACGACAUCACCUGUGAGGAAUCCUUCCGGUGCCUCCCCGAGUGGCUGCGGGAAAUUGAGCAGUAUGCCAGCAAUAAGGUCAUAACUGUGCUAGUGGGUAAUAAGAUUGAUUUAGCUGAUAAGAGGGAAGUCUCCCAGCAAAGAGCUGCAGAGUUUUCCGAAGCACAGGACAUGUACUAUCUGGAAACGUCAGCAAAAGAAUCGGAUAAUGUGGAAAAACUCUUCCUGGACUUGGCCUGCCGGUUGAUCAGCGAGGCACGACAGAACACCCUUGUGAACAAUGUCUCAUCCCCCCUACCAGGAGAGGGGAAAAGUAUCAGCUACUUGACUUGCUGUAAUUUUAAUUAAAGAGCUGACAUGUGGGCCAUGGGCCAAGAGGAUUUUUUUUUUUUUUGGUGGGAUUUAUCUGCUUGAAAGAAUUCCUGCCAAUCUGACCCAUGUGACUUACCCUGAGUCAGGUUGCAGUCCUGGAAACAUGGCAGACUGAUGGCUCCAACUACAUGGCAAGGUAGCAGGGUUUAAAUUUCAUUUUUCUCAAAGUCUGUGGAGCAGGUCAGGAAAGGAGGAGUUGCACAAGUCCUUCAUGUAAUGCAGAACAUGAGCUGUUUUGUUUCCUUCUAUGGGAGAGUAGACCAGCCUCUCUUGAAGAUAUUGAAAAGAUCAAAAUCUGUCUUACAGAACAAUGUGUUUGAUCGUUUUUAAAGUUAAAAAAAAAAAUAAGAAAAACCCCAACAAUGAAUGCUGACUUUGGACUACGCUGGUAAUCUUCCUGUCAGUGAGUGAGCUCUUAGGACAUGUACAUAACGUCUGCCCACCUGUCUUCAUGGAGGACUCUGGUGUUUGAAAUAGUGUUAUGUGUCUCAUCUACAGGCACUUUCAUGAACGUGGGGAAAAAAAAAAGUUACGUAUAUCAACGUUUUCAAGACUGAAGAAGACAUGGAUACAGCUCAGUUGCUCCCUUUGGUGCUAGCAGUUCAGCAGAUAUUCCAUAGACCAAACAUAGUCUUACUACAUUACUAUUCUCUGAAUGUGUAACUUAGACUGGUUAAGAAAAAAACACUAAUAAGCACUGUUCAUAAAAAUAAAAAAAUCUCAUUACCUCUUUUUCUAGGCCUGAACAUAGUGGGAAAGGACUGUGCUUUUCUUUGACAUCCAGUGUAGGAUGACAAGAGUUUCCAGAAAUAAAAAUAAAUAAAUAAACAAA